UGGAGCGGGCAGGACAGCUUCCGGAAUAUGGGGGCCUUUGUCUCCCGCUGCAGCUGGAGCUCUAGUCUAGUCUUCAGAGGCCGAGUCUCCGUGACCUUGUGACCUGCAGGUAUUGGGAGAUCCACAGCUAAGAUGCCAGGACCCCCUGGAAGCCUAGAAAUGAGACCAUUGACAUUUAGGGAUGUGGCCAUAGAAUUCUCUCUGGAAGAGUGGCAAUGCCUGAACACAGCACAGCAGAAUUUAUAUAGAAAUGUGAUGUUAGAAAACUACAGAAACCUGGUCUUCCUAGGUAUUGCUGUCUCUAAGCCAGAUUUAAUCACCUGUCUAGAGAAAGAAAAAUAUCCCUGGAAUAUGAAGAGACACAAGAUGGUAGAUGAAUCCCCAGUUAUCUGUUCCCAUUUUGCCGAAGACCUCUGCUUGGAACAAGACAUAAAAGAUUAUUUCCCUAAAGUGAUACUGAGGAGAUAUGACAAAUGUGAACAUGAGAACUUACAAUUAAGAAAAGUCUGUAAAAGUGUAGAUGAGUGUAAGGUGCACAAACAAGGUUAUAAUGGACUUAACCAACGUUUGACAACUACCCAGAGCAAAAUUCAUCAAUGUAAUGAAGAUGGGAAAGUCUUUCAUAAAUUUUCAAAUUUAAAUACACACAAGACAAGACAUACUGGAAAGAAACCUUUCAAAUGUAAAGAAUGUGGCAAAUCAUUUUGUAUACUUUCACACCUAACUCGGCAUAAGGUAAUUAAUAUUGAAAAGAAACCCUACAAAUCUGAAGAAUGUAGGAAAGCCUUUAGUGUGUCCUCAAACCUUACUGAACGUAAGAGAAUUCAUCCUGGAGAGAAGCCGUACAAAUGUGAAGAAUGUGGCAAAGCGUUUAACUGUUCCUCACACCUAACUUGGCAUAAGAUAAUUCGUACUAAAAAGAAACCCUACGGAUCUCAAGAAUGUAGGAAAGCCUUUAGUGUGUCCUCAACCGUUACUCAACAUAAGAGAGUUCAUACUGGAGAGAAACCCUACAAAUGUAAAGAAUGUGGCAAAUCCUUUAAGAGAUCCUCACACCUCACUGCACAUAAGAGAAUUCAUACUGGAGAGAAACCCUACAAAUGUGAAGAAUGUGGCAAAUCCUUUAGGAAGUCCUCACACCUUGCUGCACAUAAGAGAAUUCAUACUGGAGAGAAGCCCUACAAAUGUGAAGAAUGUGGCAAAGCUUAUAAAUGCUCUUCCGCCCUUACUAGACAUAGGAGAAUUCAUACUGGAGAGAAACCCUACAAAUGUGAAGAAUGUGGCAAAACUUAUAUCUGCUCUUCAACCCUAAAUAAACAUAAGAGAAUUCAUACUGGAGAGAAACCCUACAAAUGUGAAGAAUGUGGCAAAGCUUAUAAAUGCUCUUCAACCCUUAAUAAACAUAAGAGAAUUCAUACUGGAGAGAAACCCUACAAAUGUGAAGAAUGUGGCAAAGCUUAUAAAAGCUCUUCAAGCCUUACUAGACAUAAGAGAAUUCAUACUGGAGAGAAACCCUACAAAUGUGAAGAAUGUGGCAAAGCUUUUUACUGUUCCUCACACCUUACUAGACAUAAGAGAAUUCAUACUGGAGAGAAACCCUACAAAUUUGAAGAAUGUGGUAAAGCUUAUAACUGGUCUUCAACCUUUGCUAAACAUGAGAAAUCAUGCUGGAAAGAAACCCGACAAACAUGAAGAAUACAUUCUGGAAAGAAACCUUUCAAAUGUAUAGAAUGUAGCAAAUCAUUUUGUACACUUUCACACCUAACUCGGCAUAAGAUAAUUCAUACUGGAGAGAAACCUUACAAAUCUGAAGAACGUAGGAAAGCCUUUAGGGUGUCCUCAACCCUUACUCAACGUAAGAGAAUUCAUACUGGAGAGAAACCCUACAAAUGUGAAGAAUGUGGCAAAUCCUUUAAGAAGUCCUCAUACCUUACUACACAUAAGAUAAUUCAUACUGGAGGGAAGCCCUACAAAUGUGAAGAAUGUGGCAAAGCAUUUAACUGUUACUCACAUCUAACACAGCAUGAGAUAAUUCAUACUAAAAAGAAGCCUUGCAAAUCUGAAGAAUGUAGGAAAGUCUUUAGUGUGUCCUCAACUUUUACUCAACAUAAGAGAAUUCAUACUGGAGAGAAACCCUACAAAUGUGAAGAAUGUGGCAAAGCUUUUAACUGUUCCUCACUCCUUACUAGACAUAAGAGAAUUCAUACUGGAGAGAAACCCUACAAAUGUGAAGAAUGUGGCAAAGCUUAUAACUGGUCUUCAGCCCUUACUAAACAUAAGAUAAUUCAUACUGGAGAGAAACCCUACAAAUGUGAAGAAUGUAGGAAAGCCUUUAACCAGUCCUCAAUUCUUAGUAAACAUAAGAGAAUUUAUACUGGAGAGAAACCCUACAAAUGUAAAGAAUGUGGCAAAGCCUUUAAGCAGUCCUCACACCUUAAUACACGUAAGAAAAUUCAUACUAGAGAGAAGCCCUACAAAUGUGAAGUUUGUGGCAAAGCUUUUAACUGUUCCCCAACCCUUACUGGACAUAAGAUAAUUCAUACUGGAGGGAAACCCUAUAAAUGUGAAGAAUGUGGCAAAGCCUUUAACCAGUCCUCAAUCCUUACUAAACAUAAGAAAAUUCAUGCUGGAAAGAAACCCUACAAAUGUGAAGAAUGUGGCAAAGCCUUUAGCCAAUUCUCAACUCUUACUAGACACAGAAUUCUUAUGAAAAAUAAACUCUACAAAUGUGAAGAAUGUGAAAAAGUUUAUUUUUCUUUUAACUUUGAGUUUCAGGAUGCAUGUGCAGAACGUACACGAUUGUUACAUAGGUAUACGUGUGCCAUGGUGAUUAGCUGCACCUAUCAACCCAUCAUCUAGGUUUUAAGCCCCACAUGCAUUAGCUGUUUCUCCCCUCACCCCCGCAUCACCUAAGAGGGCUCAGUAUGUGUUGUUCCCCUCCCUGUGUCCAUGUGUUCUUAUUGUUCACCGCCCACUUACGGGUGAGAACAUGUGGUAUUUGGCUUUGUGUUCCUGUGUUAGUUUUCUGAGGAUGAUGGCUUCCAGCUUCAUCCAUAUCCCUGCAAAUGACAUAUCUCAUUCCCUUUUAUGGCUGCAUAAUAUUCCAAGUUGUAUAUGUACCACAUUUUCUUUAUCCAGUCUAUCACUGAUGGGCAUUUGGGUUGCUUCCAUAUCUUUGCUCUUAUAAAUAAU